AUGACACGGACUUCGUCUAACGCAAUUGAAGUUGCUAUUGUAGGUGGUGGUAUCGCUGGGCUUGCUGCCGCUGCAUUUUUGCGAAAGUAUCCCCAGUACAAUAUCACUAUUUUCGAACGUCGGCGGGAGGACGAUGAGGAGCACUCUUCUGGACUUGCUUUGAGAGAUGGCGGCAAAGCCAUUAUGAAGAAGCUGGGCAUCACCAGAGAGGAAGUAGGCGCAAGCCCUGGUGCUGGCUACCGGACAUAUACUAUCAAUGAAGACCUCUUGGCCGAAAGUCGGCUGCCUGAAGGGUCAGAUGGAGAUAGCCCUAUGUGGCUUCUUUCUCGAGGGGAUUUGAAAGAUGCUUUAUUUCGCCGUGCCACGAGCGAGGAUGGAAAGGGGAAGCCGGCGAAGAUUGUAUACAAUAGCCACAUUGUUCGUGUUGAUCCCGACACUGGCACGAUUCAUUUUGCCAACGCAACCAGCAUUCACGCAGAUCUCAUCAUUGGUGCUGACGGGAUUCAUUCGAAAGUCCGUUCAGCCAUUAUCCCGGAAUCACACCCACAGCCUGCCCCAUGUGGCAUUUCUCUUUACCGAUUCAUGCUUCCGAUGGAAACAUUUGAAAACGCUGUGAAGGCGGGAGACCAUACUCCAGUCAUGUUUCAGUUCAAUGAGGAUGAGAGCUUUAUCCUGAUGGUAGCGGCCACUGAUGGUUCUAACUGCACCUUGUGCUGCUAUCCUUGCGAGGGCCACAAGACGAUGAAUGUUGCAUGCGGCAUCUUUGAUUCGUCAGCCCAAACCCCAGAGGAGCUUGAAUACUCUUGGCAGGCCAAAGGGAAAAAGGAAGAACUGAAGGCGAUCUACCAUAUGUUCCCUGAAUGGUUCACGAGAGUCCUAGACCAAGUACCCGAGGUUGCCCUCUUCCAAAUUCGCGAUCAAGACCCACUCCCUAUUUACUUCAAGCAUCAAACUGUUCUGAUCGGCGAUGCCGCCCAUGCGAUCCUUCCACUUGGCGCUCAAGGAGCCAACCAGGCCCUUGAGGAUGCGGAAGGGCUUGAUGCACUUCUCGCAGAUGUCACUGAUGUUAACAAGAUUUCUGAUCGGCUGGCCCUCUGGGACAGCAUUCGAAGACCUCGUGCCGCAGCCACCCAGAGGACUGCUCGCGGCUUCGAGUCUGUGCUAUCAUCCAAGGCCAACCAAGACAAGGUCCUUGCAUCGAAGCCUUUUGUUGAGAUGAGAGUGCUUGCAGGGAUGUAA